UUUCUGUACAAUAUUUGAUUUCAAAAUAGGCAUCUUCUCACUUUUCACUUCCUGAGGACUUACACUUCAAGCGUGUUCUGUGUCAUUGAGUUUAAACGAACUGCAGAAUCUGUUUACUUUUUUUUUUUUUUUUUGAAAAAUUUUCCGGAAGCGAAACCCUGAGUAAUCGGAAGUGAUUAUGCGUGAAGAGACGCUUGAUGUCUGGAGGGUUUGGGCGGGCCGCUUCGGAAUGGAAGAGGACGUGCGAAGUUAACUCGGUGACACCGGGAGAAGAGCCUGUGAAGUGAAGCCCCUGAAAUAGGAAGAGUACAGAUCUCAAAGGUAUUUCAGUAGAAGUCUUGGAAGGCAUUUUCAUUAGGGGAAAAAAUGACUACACUUAAAAAUUUAGAAACCAGAGUGACCCUGACAUCAACCCCCAUCCGAGGAGCAGGAGAUGGAAUGGAAACUGAGGAGCCACCUAAAUCUGUUGAAGUCACAUCUGGAGUCCAAUCUAGAAAGCAUCACACCCUUCAGAGUCCAUGGAAGAAAGCUAUUCCAUCAGAAAGCCCAGGAGUUCUUCAGUUAGGGAAAAUUCUCACUGAAAAAGCAGUGGAAGUCGAAGCUGUAAGAAUAUUAGUUCCUAAAGCUGCUGUAACUCAUGAUAUCCCCAAUAAAAAUGCAAAGGUUAAGUCAAUGGGACAUCAUAAAGGAGAAUGUCUUGGUCAAUCAGAGGGAGUUGUAGAACCUAACAAAGAACUCUUAGAGGUAAAGAAUAUAUUGGAAAAGCUCAAGAACUCUGAAAGAAGGUUAUUACAGGACAAAGAAGGUCUUUCAAACCAGCUCCGAGUACAGACAGAGGUAAAUCGUGAGUUAAAAAAGUUGCUGGUGGCUUCUGUUGGUGAUGAUCUUCAGUAUCACUUUGAACGUCUAGCCCGUGAGAAAAAUCAGCUUAUUUUAGAAAAUGAAGCACUAGGUCGAAACACUGCUCAGCUUUCUGAACAGCUAGAACGUAUGUCAAUACAGUGUGAUGUAUGGCGAAGUAAAUUCCUUGCAAGCAGGGUAAUGGCAGAUGAGUUAACCAACUCCAGAGCAGCUUUACAGCGUCAAACCCGAGAUGCACACAGUGCCAUACAAGAUCUCUUGAGUGAACGGGAACAGUUUCGUCAGGAAAUGAUAGCCACCCAAAAGUUACUGGAGGAGCUCUUAGUCUCCUUGCAGUGGGGAAGACAACAAACUUACUCCCCUAGUGCACAACCCCACAGCACAGCAGAACUAGUGUUAACAAAUCACAAGUUGGCAAAAGCAGUAAAUUCUCAUCUUCUGGGAAAUGUUGGUAUUACCAGUCAAAAAAAGAUUCCAUCAACAGUUGAAUUCUGCAGCACCCCUGCUGAGAAAAUGGCUGAAACGGUUCUACGCAUUUUAGAUCCAGUUACCUGUACAGAGACCGCAUCUGAUAAUUCGUUUUUUGAGUCUUCACCAGCCACCUUACUUGCUACAAAGAAAAAUAUUGGACGAUUUCACCCCUAUACUAGAUAUGAAAAUAUAACUUUCAAUUGCUGUAAUCACUGCCAGGGAGAACUUAUUGCCCUUUAACAUUCAAUAUGUUGGCAGCAUAGUACAGGUACUUGCUUAUUACCCUAGAGUUGUUACUAUUUGAGGGCUGAGGUGCUUAUAGUGCUAAAAGUAAUAUCACUUCCUAUCUAUAAAACAUAUAUACCCAAAGAUGUUUUAUGUACUAGAAUCGAGUACCCUUUCUUAAUAAAUAUCUCAGGGUAAG